CCGGAGCGUUCUCGUGAUGCGUCGCUACCCUUAUUACGGUCACCUCGACGCGGUCACUUCUACGAUAUAGGUACAAAGUUAUAAAUGGCACCAUAGAGGUGUAUUAGUGUCUAUACUUUUGUAGGUAGUACACUUUAGCCAUCUAUGAAGGAACCUACUGGAGCAGAAAACUUUAUUAGUCUGUCCAGAUCCGUCGAGGUGAAACGUUGUAUUCUCAGUGCACUAAGUUUUGAGAAGGAAGUUAGUCUGCUUGGCAUCUCCUUCUCAGUUUGAAAAUGUCGACGAUCGCUAACACACCUACAUCGACAAAUAACUGAAUGAAAACGAAGCUCUUAUGCCAGCAGCAUCUCAUAGUGUUAUUCUUUAAACCGGACGAUGAUACUUAAACUAGAGCGUCACAGUAUUUUCUGUGACAAACUAUACAAUGGCUCCUACAUGUUGUAUAGCAGUUUGAAUUCGGAUCUCAACAAUACAUUCGAGCGAUACGAUCACUUGUUGCAUCAGUCGCUCAGAGAAAUUUUUCUCCAGCGCUGCUUCACCAGGAACCAGACAAAACAACUGAUUCAUGAUCAAAAACUCAUAAUUGAACUGAUCCUGGAUCAGGAACCCUUACUCUGUAAUCAGUUUCCGAAAAAUAACUGUGAACAGCUUUCACUUCUUUGGAUCGCCGUUUUAUCCGGCUACUACAAAUCCGCUGAACUGUUGGUCUGCUCCGGUGCUGAUGUUAACGAGCCCUUCGGAUCUCGUGACCCUCAGAUGGUGGACAACAAGUGGACGAUUCUCCACGUGUUGCUUCAGAUGCAGUCAUCGUCGGAAAGCGAGCGACUCGUUCAUCUGAUUAUAGACCAUGGUGCCGACUGGCAAACUCGAGACUCCUAUGGUCGAACUAUACUACACUUCGCAGCGAAACAUAAUCGAGUACAGUUGACCAAUACGCUGCUCGAAAAAGGAGCUGAAGUUAAUCUAGCUGAUAAGGGUGGCGAGACACCGCUGCUUUUGGCAGCCAGCAGUAAGAAAGCCAACGAACUUUUGCCGUUGUUAAUGAAACAUGGAGCCGACUUUACUGCCAAGAGUUCGAGAAAUGAUAACAUAUUACACCGACUCGCAUUUAACAGUGAGGAUUACGCAGCUCAUCUGGCUCUGGCCAAGAUCUUGAUAGAGAAGGGCGUUUCUCUCGAAGAUAGAGAAGUUCAGAACCAGUAUCAGCCGAUACACCGGGCCGUCAUGAGUGGAAAUAAUGAAUUCUUGAAGCUCUGUUUGGCUAGCGGCAUAGAUGUUAAUUCGCGGACGAGCAAUGGCGAAUCUCCACUCUACCUUGUGAUCAGAUGUCACAUAACAUCGCGCGCAGUACUCGAAACUUUACUCAGUCACGGCGCGAGCAUUCAUCUUAGGACAUGCGAAGGUAGGACAGCGUUGCACUGUGCCUGUGAAAAACUCAAGGAAGAGAUAAUCUGGCUACUCCUGUCCGCCGGCGCGGAUAUUCUCGCCGAGGACAACAACGGCAACACGCCUUUCUCUUUGAUCGAUCGUCAAAUUUUUGACAACCGAAUGAAGAUCGAUGAGGAUCUCAGCAUCAGACUAAUGAUAAAACAGCUGGCUCUGAAGCGAACUUCGUCGUCCAUCGCAUUGAAGGACGAAAUCAUCAUCAGGCGACAUUGGAAGUUGUGGGACUACUAUAAAGACUGUGUCUUGUAUGCCUCUAGGAUGAAGUUUACGAGGUUUAUGAAGAAUUGCACGUUUUUUGAUCUUCUUGCGAAAAACCGACGUCAAAUCGUUGCACUUAUCCGACGACCCCAGUUCGAGGCAAAUUUCAGGUUUUAUGAUCUCAACGGAUUCGGCAUGUAUGCGGAAGAUAUACGCGUAGCUUUCGAGCGCGGAAUUUUUGUGCUGGAAAUGGAGGAAAUUAUCGACAAUGCUGGUGGAUUUUGGCCUUGGAUGAUUGUAAGGAGCAUAGCUGGCCACGUGCCUGAUGACUAUGGCAUGAAUAUGAGAAGCAUCUGGAAUGAAAGAAAAGGAAGCGUUACAAAGACAAAAGAAGAAGACAGACUAAGCAGAUUACUUGGUGUUUCAUAAACCUCUGCACUAGUUCAUGCGAUUCGUCAUGUCAAAAGGUAUACAUGCUGAACGUUCUCCCUGUUGAAACCUGCUCUCUGCAAUGUUCACUGUUGAUAAUGUUGAGUUGUCUUCGGAGAGGCUCGUAGUCGUGAGUGAUACUCCGCGAAAAUACCUCUCAUCGUAUGUUGAGAUCACUUUUAACGGUCGAGCUCCAAGCUUUGGAGUUUAUACUACUUUUUAAUCUAUUCAAUAAAAGCCUUGUAAAGAUUAUAUUUUAUCUUCAUCUUUUAAUUAUAUUAUACAAAAAGAAACAUAUGGGCACCUGUUAACUCCGUUCUCGCGUUAUUAGACAGUCAAAUACAAUUUCCUGGAUUUUUUCAUACUUAUACGAAAACAUCGAUUUGAUUAGUAGCGCUCGCAACGGUCCUAUCCGACGCUCAGUGCAAUCGCACACCUUCACACUGCAGAAUCCAAGUCGAAUCGAGCGCCGGAAAUUCGCGCAGCUGUGUGCACCAAAUGAGCCUAUAAAACGCCCGAGGCUUCGAAUCGCCUUUUUUUCUGUUGGCUUCGCGACGGCACAGCCGAUGACUUUAUUGCACGGCAAGGAAGCUGCGUGCCGUGGCCCUUAUAUGGGCCGUUGUAAAGCUUAUUUUUCGCGCGUGUGAGUGUGCAACGUAAGGUUUUUGUGUUCGGAAUGGCUUUUGAGUAUAUUGUGCAACGGUAUUAGAUUUAAAUAAAAAUACACAUUUACAGUUUGACAAUUAUAUUUCUUACGCGAAGAACGAAAAAAAUUUUAAACCAGCGAUCGAAUCAUAGUCUCCUUUAAAAAGCCAAGUAACAGCCUCGCGCCUAUUCCCGAAUAAAAAUUCAUCUCCGCGUCAAAUCUCAAGACAGGCACGUCACGGCUCGCGCUAAGUAUGUCAUUCUCAGGCGUCGUUCCGCCUACGAAUGAGCCGCGUGAUCAUCAUCACCCACGGCGUCUAUUCCAAUUUUAUAGAUCGAAGUGCCGUCGCAUAGCUCCUCGUCGCGGCAAAGGAGAGCGAGACGCGCGGAUUGCUGAUUAGCCGAGCGAAGCCUUCGCGCGCAUAUAAUGGCCGUACGUGCUUAGCUUACUUAGAUCGCGAUGGCUCGCUGCAAGGCGAAACCCGAUCGAUUCUUGUUCGAGCUUGAAUAGAUCGAUUGUCCGGAUAUUUUCGCUCGUGCGUCAGUCCUUUUGUGAAUUUUCGUACGUUUCGAAUGUACAUACGCACCGCCGCCGCCGUCGCUGUUACAUUGAGCUUUUUGGACAGUCGAUGACGCGCGCGCUGUGCUUUGAAUUUCAAAUAACGCGAGUCCUCUGCUCGAGAGAGCCGCGGCUGUGCUGUACUAAUUUUUAUUGCAGCUCUCACGAGUAAUUGAUAUGCCGACGGGGAAAAUCGGAGAGCGAGUGUGUCUUUUUUCUCCUGGCUUGUCGGAGAUUUAAUGGCGAUUUAAAUGUCGAUAUAUAAGCGGCGGGCCGUUCGUUAGGCUGAAGCGUAUAUUGUCGAGGAAUCGAUGGAAUGUAAAUUUUUCAUUGUGUGUACGCGUCGAUAAGAUAUUGACGAGGAUAGAGGAGAAUAUUGUGUCGUUUCAUCGACGAACAUCGAAGGUCCGGUAGAGUACAUUGAAAAACUCUCAAACCGCGUGAAAUAAUUUAUCCGAUGAGCUUAUUUCGUCAGGAUAUGACGAGCUCAAACCCGGAAGAAAAUCGACAGCAAAGCCAAUCGUCGUGCGUCCUUAACCGGCGCAAGUGUGGAUCGACGUUCUCGUGGGAAAGUCGAUGCGCUGGACUCGGGAGGCAUAUACGCGGCCAGCGGUUCGCUCUAAUUGAGCCAAAAGAGAGGGUGACCGGUAUAAGUUCGCUGAAAAAAAGUUGACGAACCAGUAAUGGUCCCUUUCCUUGAGGUUGUGGGUGGAUAUGGAAAGUUGAACGUGUAAGAUAGUGGUUGACAGGAUGUGAUACGCCGCGUAUGUACGUUACUUCAAGUUGCGACUAUUUAUCUAAGAGGAGUGAUUGCUGCGAACGACCGUAUCGGUGAAUACAAAUUACAUCGAUAAUGAGUUACAAAAGCACACGGAGUUUUACAAUUUGUUCUCAAUAUGCACAAGGUUUUUAAUCAAAUAUGAUUCGAGUAAUGAAAACUGGACUCGGCAACCAUAUAUCGUACAGCCGAUCGGAAAUUGCAUAAUAAAGUAUCAAGACGUCGACUUUCAAAAGUUCUUACUUUAUAGGCGGAGUAUGACACCCGAGCCAUCAAUAAUUCUCAAAAGCAGUCGAUUUCAAAUCGAGUCACCGCAGUUAUCCUCAGCUUCCAUAUAAUAACAAAUUUAAUCCUCCAAAAACACAAAGAACAUUGCACGAGCACACGCACGAGCGAUAUACACCUCUCCAGUCUCGUGUCGCAGUGUACGUUCGAUCGAGCGCGUUUUCUCGGCGAAAACGCGGGCACAAUGGCGCCUGUCAGAGUGCACGCGCUCGCGCGACCAAAAUCCAAUUUGCAUGAGCCGCGCCGGAGUAGAGCCCAGUGGACGAGGUAAUUGGUGCACAGUGGGGAUUAGGGCCGCGGCGUCGCCGGGGACAACCGGUCAAGUUUCGACUUCCUCCUUCUCUCUCUCCAACACUGGCUUGUCUCUGGAUCUUAUACCUCUACGUAUCCGCGUGCACAAACAAACUGCCGCUUUACUUUUGUUUUCCUCGGUUUUGUGCGCGGGUAUUGUGUGGGUGACAUCGAUUCUCUUUUUCUUUUUUAAGUUUCUUAGUGCAGCCGGGUGGCUCGUCUUUUGUUCGCUCGACGACGUUUUCGACGAGUUCGUCGCUGCGCAAUUUGUUGGGAAUCUGUCCGCGCAGCUCCAAAAACGAAUAGUUUUUUUCCUAAACACUAAUAGCUAUAGCUUUAUCCAAAAUAAAAAAACCAUCAAACUCGUAAAUCACCGAGUCAACAUCGAAUAUCAUCAUUACUUGCCGAACCGACGGAAUAAAUAACGAUAAUCUCUCCCUAUGACACACUUACAAGUGAUUCCCGAUAACUCGCGCGUAUAACCGCAUAAAAAGACGAGCCCGCGCUUUAAUCCCGCAUCGCGCGUGCACGCUGAAAAUUCCUCGAAACUUUUAUGCGCUGCACACACACACACAUACGGCAGCUUUAUCGUAUCCCCGCCAUCGGCUCCGCAUAAAUCCCGUUUCGGAAAUCAACGGAAGUAAUUGAUAUUCGUUCGCAUCUCUUUCGGCAAAAGAAAUAAGAACGCGAGUGAGGGAGAGCGAAAUCUACGGCUGUCGAAGCCUAUAAAUUCGAUAUUAAUAUCGCAAUAUUUAUCGAGAGUCGCAUAAUAAAGUGUUCGCUUCGUUCUCGCGAGAAAAACGUCCGUUUGCAUAAAACAAAUCUUUUAUAUAAAGCGAGAGAGCUGCGUCCGCAGGAGGUAGAAGAAGAAGGUGGUGGAGGAGGCAGAGGGAAAGGAGAGGAAGAAAAAGGAGCGGGACGCUCGCAUAAAUACGUAUGCGCGAGCGCAAACAAAAAGCCCACAAAGGACUCCGCGCGGCGAUACGAUCUUGCGGCAUGCAGAUACGAGCAUACUAAUCUCUGGGUCUUCUCCCCCCCCCCCUCUCUCUUAUUCUCUCUUCUUCUUUCUGGUCUGCUUGACCGGCGGCGAAAGAAAGCCAGAUAAACGGAGAUACAGAGAUGCGGCAAGGAGAGUCUAUUCUCUUUUCUCCUCUGUGCAGCGCUUAGCCAGCCUUAAUUCACUCCUGUGCUCUCUGCUCCUUGCGCGUUCAAUACUUUUUCUAUCAGCUCUUAAAUUAUCUAUCUCCAGCGCGCGCUGAAUUCUCUCAUCAAUCGAAGCAAAAUAGGCCAGCCCAGCUAUAACAAUCCCAAUCCCGAGUCAUCACGCAGUCGAGCAUACAUCAGUCGAUAAUCCAAAUCCCAGGGAGAGAGCUGAGAGAGAUCCGCGAGAGACGAUGGUCUGCACACAGCAUCGAAUACUCGUCGUCGUCCGGUCGGCUGCCGUCGGCAGACAGAGGGAGAGAGAAACAGCGACGAUGGUAAUUCCUCGUCUGCAAGGAAUCGUCCUCGUUGUCCUCUGGAAUCUCCAUUUCGGUACAAGAGCCACACGGCCAGUUUCAAUUUCGUAACGCCGAUCCAAUCAUGUAAAUCAGGGCCCGAGCAUUAUUAGUGCGCGGACGACCCGAUCGAACUUCACUUGUGUCGACGCUAUAGCUCCGGCUUUGCACAGUCCAAUGGAAAAACGACGAAUAUGGGGGUGUGGGAAAGAGACGCGGAGGUUAUCGAGGGAUGUUUGUUAGAAAAUUGAUACUUUAUGUUUGGAGGAACGUUUUCGUCGUCUAAAAAAAAAAACUUGAUCACACGGUAGCUGGUAUGGACACAAAAAAUGCUGAUUCUAUAAACAGCGUGUAAGCGCCCGGAUAAAAAGCUGGACGACACAGCGCGGAAAAAGAGUGUAAGCAGAGUAAUGGAUAACCAAAACCCAGAGUAAGAGAUAGUUAAUCAGAAAACAAGAGACUGAGAGACAGGAAAAGGGGGGGGGGGGAUGAGAAGGAGAGUAGCUGUCCGAGCGAAUCCAGCGCCAGCGUCCAACUAAUCCGGGGUUUACCUAAUCGCCCUGUCCUCCCGCUCCUGUUCUGCUCAGCCUGCGCGCGAUCCUCUUUCUCAUUCUAGAGGGAGAGAGAGAGAGAUUCGCCGGGAGCUAUAUAUGGCCGGCUCGCUUUCCCGAAAGCGGCUUACCGAUUUCAGCCCUUUGCCGGUGAAUCCUGUACACACACACACACACAUACUGAUCGCAUAUCGAUCCGAUGCGAGUAUACUAGUAUUUUUCUGACUUCGGUGGUUCUCCGUACGACCGACAGAUGGCGCAUCGCAACUCGCAAUCGAAAUCGUCACCGCCGCGUUAUACAUAUAGGACCGAUCGAGAAGAAUCGUCUUCUUCAUCCAAAAUGUGGGUGAACGUAAACUUUUCGAGGGGCAAUUGGGAAGAAUUUUACGAAUUCAUGCUGACCUCGAUAGCCACGUUCAUCGUCAUGUAUAACUUAUUACACUGGAUCUCCUCAAUAAGACAGUGAAUCCUCAAUAACCCUUGAACAUCCAAUAAUCGAACAAAGCAACAAAAACUCCGCACUGCUGCAAUUUAAGUCAAAAUUGAAGAACUUUGUUCUACAAUUUGAACUCGUUCGUUAUUUUCGUUAUUUUGUAAAUCUUCAAUACCUUGAGUAAUAAUUUUAUUUUGUAAAAGGGCCUCCUGCCCGUAU